CCUCCACAAUGCUCCGCGGCGCUCGUCCCCGCCGCGGUGCUGCGCUCCUCCUCGCCGCCGCGGCAGCGGCCUCCUCCUCCGGGGCGCUCGACUACGACCGCCGCGGCGGCGGCGGCUGCGGCGACGGCUCCUCCUUCGGUAUCCACGUCUCGGCAUCGUCGCCGCUCCGUCGUAUGCUCUCAUACGCCGCCGAGGGGAUCCUCCCCGGGGCCGGUCACCUCCUCUCGCCGGGGCUUUCUCCCGCAGAAGGGUUUUCCAUCCUAAAUUCCUUCACAUCUGUGUCAAAUUGGAGUGCAGGGUUUCCUAUCCAAAAUUCCUUCGCAUCUGCAUCAGUUCCGCCCACUAACUUCAGCAACCAGAGCUCUGAUGGAAACUCAGAUGAUUCAAAAUGUUGCGCAGGAUGUAUUGGCCGAAAUACAAUAGCCAAGGCUGCAGCUGCAGUUGGUCCUGCUGUUGUCAACAUUUGUUCUACACAAGAUACUCAUGGAUGGGUUCUAGAGAAGAGCAUUGGAUCUGGAACCAUAAUAGAUCCAGAUGGGACAAUAUUGACAUGUGCCCAUGUUGUUGUAGAUUUUCAAAGCACGAAACCGAUUUUAAGGGGAAAGGUUAGUGUGACUUUGCAAGAUGGUCGUGAGUUUGAAGGCACGGUUCUCAGUGCUGAUCGCCACUCUGACAUUGCUGUUGUUAAGAUCAAACCGAAUACCCCUCUACCAUCUGCAAGUCUUGGAUUAUCAUCUAAACUUCGACCAGGUGAUUGGGUUGUUGCUUUGGGCUGCCCACUUUCUCUUCAAAACACAGUUACAGCUGGUAUUGUAAGUUGUGUUGACCGGAAAAGCAGCGACCUAGGUCUUGGAGGAGUAAGAAGGGAGUAUCUACAAACAGAUUGUGCUAUUAAUCAGGGAAACUCUGGUGGUCCACUUGUGAACCUUGAUGGUGAGAUUGUCGGAGUUAAUGUGAUGAAAGUUUUGGCCGCUGAUGGUUUGAGCUUUGCAGUACCAAUUGACUCUGUUGUGAAAAUAGUGGAGAAUUUCAAGAAAAAUGGGAGAGUUGUAAGACCAUGGCUUGGUUUAAAGAUGCUUGACCUUAACCCAAUGAUCAUUGCACAACUUAAAGAAAGAUCAAGUUCUUUUCCAGAUGUAAAAAAAGGUGUGCUUGUUCCAAUGGUUACACCAGGAUCACCAGCUGAACGUGCAGGAUUUCGUCCUGGGGAUGUGGUCGUUGAAUUUGAUGGUAAAAUGGUUGAGAGCAUCAAAGAGAUCAUUGAUAUCAUGGGGGACAAGAUUGGAGUGCAAUUUAAAGUUCUUGUUAAAAGGGCGAACAAUGUAACUGUUUCUUUGACAGUGAUACCAGAGGAAGCAGAUUCUAGCAGAUGACCCACAAUUAAUCUUCUUGAAAGGUUGAGCAAAGAGUAGAAUUUUUUACAGUACAACUACUUUUUCCUAUAUAAUUUAGUUUAGAUGCCCUAUAAACAUUCUGUCUGAGUUUAACUAAGCAGGGACUAUAGAUGCUCCUUUCCAGGAGAGGAAAACAAGGUGUGAUCAAAUUGCGGUAUGAUAUGGAGUUAGCGAAACAAGUCGAUUUUGUUAAUGGCAUAUGCUUAUGAACUGAGGUUUCCAAGUUUGCCUUGUGUUCCUGGCCUGUGGUUUGCAGCUUGUUUCAUUGUCAGCGUCUCAAAGAACUAUUUUGUCAUUUGGCAAGCUCAGUGUAGCUUGUGGUCUCAUUCCUGUGUCCCUAAAUCUAAAUAAAGCCUUUCCCUCCUAAUCAGUACAUCUUAAUACAAUAUUAAAAUCAUUCAAGACUGCUUGGAAAA